UGUUGACGUCCGUAGAAGCAGCCAGCCACCCGGCCACUGUUGUUCUCCCCCCGCUCCACAAACCCCCUCCAAGAUUGCUGCCACCAUGGGUCGGAAGAAAAUACAAAUAUCACGGAUCACGGAUGAACGGAAUCGACAGGUGACUUUCAACAAACGCAAAUUUGGUGUAAUGAAAAAAGCGUACGAGCUGAGCGUUCUCUGCGACUGUGAGAUUGCUCUCAUCAUCUUCAGCUCCAACAACAAACUUUACCAAUAUGCCAGCACGGAUAUGGAUAAGGUGUUACUGAAAUACACGGAAUACAACGAACCGCACGAGUCCCUGACCAACCGCAACAUCAUCGAGGCACUCACAAAGAAAGAGCAUAAGAACGGAGUGAUGUCGCCUGACAGCCCUGAAGCAGAACCGGAAUACAACCUGACACCACGGACCGAAGCAAAGUAUUCAAAGAUCGAUGAGGAAUUCCAAAUGAUGAUGCAACGAAACCAACUGAAUGGCAGUAGAGUCGGAGUCGGCGUUACCGGAAGCAACUACAACCUACCUGUGAGCGUACCAGUCGGAAAUUAUGAACAGUCACUCUUGCAAGCUAGUCCACAGAUGCACACUUCUAUUAGCCCACGGCCAUCGUCUUCAGAAACCGAUUCAGUGUACCCGAGCGGCGGAAUGCUAGAGAUGUCCAACGGCUACCCCGGCUCGGGAUCGCCGCUGGGCGCGGGCUGCACGCCCUCGCCGUCCCCCGGCCCCGCGCCCUCCCCGCACCGACACCCGCACAAGCACGCACACGCUCCGCCGCCGCACCACUCGCCACGCCACAACAAUCUUCGCGUCGUCAUACCGAGCUCGAUGCCACCACCACAAGACGAUUUAUCUUACACUGGAGAGACACCUUUAAGCUACUCAGGACUCGGCAACUUCGGCGGACCACAGGACUUCAGCAUGAGCUCGGACAUCGGAAUCGGACUAUCAUGGGGCGCGCACCAACUGCAGACUCUACAGCACAACAGGUACAUUAGCAGCCUGCCAGUGCUAGGCGGGGGAACGCCACCGCCCGCCGCGUCGCCCAGCAACGUCAAAAUUAAAGCAGAGCCCGUGUCGCCGCCUCGCGCGCCCGACCACUUGCAUCGUGGACCCGCGCCGCAGCCCGCACAUCUCUCUGGAGGCAUAGAUGGAUCAGUAACGUCCAGCAAUAUGAGCUCGCCGGCCGGGCAGGACAUGAGGCACGCUAACACCGUCCCGAUCGAUUAUGAGCCGCCUCAUACAAAACGGCCGCGGAUCGAAGGUUGGGCCACAUAGCUAGGCUAUGAGGCCUUCGGUUCCUACCCGAGGCCCCUCCACCCGCACUGCUAAAGGCCCAGGCUCGCCCCGGGCCCCGCACCUCCAGGCCCAAAAAACGUGGCUGCAAAUCCUCCAUCGAGCUUUCGGUACUAUACCGUCCUGGUCUACACAAAAUGCUAUUUUCCCCAAACGGAUCGGACAAACGAAAACGAGAUGUAUCUACAUCUCAGGCGUUAAGAUUGGUGCAGUUGUUUAAAAACAUUUAUCGUUGGAAUUUUUGAAUAAGUCCUAUGGAAAGGGCCGAUAAGUACUAAGUUGUCUAAAAUAAAAACCUUCGUUUCCCGUAGAUAUCGGUGUUGACUAAAUGUUUCAUAAUCACAGCCCUUCUAUGAUACGUAAUUAUUAAUGUAAUGCACAUGCAAGUACACAAGUAAGGAUAAAUGUUAAAAUUAAGUACAACAAUGUGUUAUAGAUGCAACCCUGAUCAAUUUUAUACUUUAAACGUGUCUAGAUAGAGUUCUAAUUUCCUUUGUAAAUAGCGACAUUAUAUGUGCAAUCCGUGCCAUUGUCUGUUUAGCUUUUAGUCAAUUAGUUAUAGUGAACAAAUUCUGAAGUUCGAUGCGUGAACUUUUACAAGCAGCCGGAGGAAAGUAUAGAAGUGCGUGAACAGAAAGAACACAAUGUGUGCUAGUGCGUUGAAGACUAAAGCCGACUGUUGACUUUGUCUUAGUGUUUUAAAGUUUUUUUGUGCCAUUUUAAAAUAUCAUUAGUGCGACAUCCGAACUUUGAAUCUUUGUAAAUUAAGUAAGCGUAGCGUCAUCACAGAAGAUAAUAAGUUAUGUAUUGGAAAAAUGUACUUUAUCUAUUAACAUAUUUAUACAUGAGAAUCAUAAUGAUAUUUACAUAAUAUGUAUACAAGUCCCGUUAGGAACGAAUGUUAUGUAUUGUAAGUAGGUAAAGUUAGCUAGAGAUGACUAUAUAAAGGUACCACACGAAGCUUUAAAAUUCUUAUGAUAACACUCGCACUCUAAGCAGUCUUGUAAGUAAACACAUUUUUAAAUUAUACAAUUUUAGAACUAUCGAAAUAUAAAAACCAUCACUUGGUAUUAUUUUAUCUUAAAAAAUUCUAAAAUAUAAAUGUAAUUACUUAAAAAAAAAAUCUAUUUAUAAUUUUAAAAUGUGCGGGAGUUUCUCAUUUUCAGACCAAAAACAGAGUCAAUUUUGAAUAUCAUUGUAAAACAGUACUUUUAAAGUACCCGUUAGUGUUAUAUAUUAGUGGCUAUUUUUGGUUACUAGGAAAAGAUAAAGCUUGUUGUUAGAAGAAAAUUAUUUGUUAAUGUGAUCUGAAGCGUUGCAUUAAAAACCAUAUUUAAAUAGUCUUCGCUAUACUGGACACACUAAAUGUAAUAAUUUUAGCAUUAUUCAUACACAGAAAUAUAUUUAACAUCAAAUAUCAUAAAUAUUUUGGUAAAGCACUAUAAUGUCACAAGCCACCAUAUUUUUAGAUCAUGUUAUAUUUAACCGUUAUAAAUAUACAUAAUAGAAUUUCCUCAUUGAAAUAUUGUUGUUACCUAAUGUUCCAAAACAACCUUUAAUACCGUCAUUGUUCAAAUGCUUCGAAUGUAUUCUAUUACUUUUAAACCAGUAAAUAAAUAUAUUUAUAUAAUUGUAUCGCAAACUUGUAAUGACAAGUACAUCUUAAGCGUUUCAAAUUCACGUAUCAGGUUCUCCUUCAUAUCCCCUCACUGUAGUUGCCUUACUCACAGUGCCUAAAUGUACCAUAUUUUACCAAAUUUGUAUCGUACUCAUAGAUUUUGUGCAUCGAUUUUUUCACUUCCUAAUAUUAUUAAGUGUUUACAAUAUAUAAAUAUAUAUACACAUACAUAUAUAUAUAAAUGUUAAACUUUUGCGAUUGGAAUACUUUUUGCCGUUCAACGAUCAAAAGUGUUUCACUCGCAUACAUUAUGACGUGUUUGGACAUGUUUAAUCUAUUGUCAUUGUACAAAAUGUACAGAUACAUUUAAUGUUAGAAUAAUAGUUGGAAAUGUGUAAUCGUCUAAUGAAUUCGAAUCUGUAAGAAUAAAUAAAUAAAUAAAAAUUACUGUAUAAAUAAAUCACUGUAUGUCUAAUCGAUGGAAGAAAUAACGUAAUUCUUCAAAUCACAGUAACAAAAUAUGGAAUGUAUAUUUGUUAAAAUUUGUACAGGGAAGUAACCAGUUUAAAGUUCAAAAGUCUGAACGAAUAUGAAAUGUAUUUUCGCAUUGUAAAAUAUUAUACACGACUAGAAGUAAAACGAAUUAAUAUUUUAAUACUGGAGCAUAAUAAAUGUUGUCCCUUGUUUCGGGGAAUAUAUUCGUACACCGUAUAUAAUGUUUAGACUUAAUUGUUAAUGUGAUAUCAACACACUGCACUGUUACAAAUCUCGCGUUACAAAUUAUAAAAUUUCGUUAUAUCCAUUCGUGAUCGUUUUCGAUCAUUCGUUCCUAAUUGUUCCUUUCAAUUAAAUGAUCGAGUGCUUUGUUUGUUGAAAUUUGCUCAAACGUUAACAUUUGGCCAUUUAUAGAAGUCAAUACUUGAAUUAUUAACAGUUAUUGUUUGUGUUAUAGUAAAUUCUUUAUAGAUUUCUCAAACCUAUAAACAACAAUCUUUUACUAUUUGAACGAUAUCGAAUCAAAUGGCGAACAAGAUGUGAAAUAUAACAUCUAAAUGAAACGAGAAAUCUUUGAAAGACUUACAUACCCAUUCCCCUAUAGAUUGUUUAGUGACUUAGAUACAAUAAACGUUGUUACCUACAUACCUAUCACAUUUGCACUGAUCGUGUUGUAACAACACUGUGUAUAGACAUCAGUAAAGAUGUUUUAAAUACUUUUUGUGUAAUAGACAUAGGGACAAUAUUUUAUUUGUCUGAUCAUGUGAAUCGUUCACUUAUUGUAAUAAUAUCUGUAAGAGGUAACUACGUCGAUUGCACGUAAUUUAUCGACUUUCUUGUAUAAAAUAUAUCAUCAGUAAGCUGGUAUUGGGAGCAUUAUUUCCGAGGUUGUGAGCUUUGCUAUCGGGAAUGAUUUCACUUAUAAUAAAUAUUUAAAUAUAAUUAUUCAUUUCACGCACAACCGUGUUGUGUGUUAUUGUAAAAAGUGUUUGCUUGGUUUUGUUUUGUAGAUGUAUCUACUUUUGUGUAUGUUUACCUGUAUUUAUCCAGUUGUGUCACAAUAGCAAAGAGUCAAUUCAGUUAUACAUUAUUGCAUUUAAGUGUUGUAGUUAUAAGCAUAUAGCAUCCGAAAUCAGAUUAGAUUUUGUCGUAGUGCAUAAUAGCCCUCUCUUCCUCUUCACCUUUUUGCUAUUGUCUCACAGCGACCCUGAACAACCCAGCUAGAUUAUAGGUAUAUAAAUACAUAUCCUUAUUGAAUACUCAAGUCGAUUUCACACUUAUUUCUCUUGUAACAUCAGUUGUGCAAUACAUAAUAUAACAAACUGCUUAGGUAGGUAUUAGGUAUAUUUUUGUUUGGAUUUACAAAAUUAUAAUGCAAAAUCUGUUGUAUUUUAUCGAUAUUUUUACUGAUUAACGAGGAUACCUGAGAUUUUCGAAGGUUACUUGUGAAAAUUUAAGUCAUAAUGUAUAAAUAUUAUUUUUAAGAUGAGGCCGGGCCAAAUAUUGCAUUAAUUUAGGUCUUACCGCGCCUGUGUUUCUGCGUGGCAGUCAAGUCUGCCCCUGUGUGUAAAUGGUAAUGAUAAUAACAUCUCAAUGGCUGAAUGAAAUAUUAAUGUUAAUGGACAGUGUUAGAAAAUUGUUAUAAAUUAUUUUGAUGACUGUUCGAAGGAUAAUAAAGAGUUGGAUGUCAA